AUGCCACGUGGCAAUAGUAGAAAAAAUUUAAAUGAGUGGGCUAACGUCAGCCCCAAACUCGGGCUCGCGCUCGGGUUGAACUCCCCCUCGGCCAGCCCAAGUUCACGGGCCUCACCUCCUGCCCGGGCAAACCUUUGCUGCUGGAAACGUAAUUUGGGCUCAAAACGCCCCAGCCCGCCUCCUGGCUUCUCUGCUGGAACUGCUCUGAGGAGUUGGGCUGAUUGA